CGCAAUUGAUUACUACUACUACUAUUAUUUCUUUUUAUAUUUUAAUUUUUUUUUACUUUUCGUUUCAUUUGAUAUGCAUCCCCUUUCGUAGGUGGGUCAACAAUUUGGCCACGAGUUCUUGGAAGGCUUUCUUUUCCUGCCUCGCCAGAAGGAAAUGUAAAAAGGCAUUUCUACAGAGUCAAACCGUGCCGUUGUAACCACCAUCAGAAUGUACGUGGUGCCCGUUGCGAGUACCUUUCUCGCGGUAUCAGUAGUGAUUGUCGCCCUACGUCUGUACAUUCGACUCUAUUUCAUCCGGACCCCGGGCUGGGAUGAUUUGGUGAUUGCCCUUGCCCUGGUAUGUCUGUACCCGCCAACACAGACCUUCUACGAGGCUAAUUGAAAUCGUAUCAGCUGUCAGAUAUUGGGUGUUUUGUCUUUGUUAUGCUUGGUAGGUAUCAGUCAAUUUCUCCCCUUUUCUAUGCAGUACUGACACCGGACUUCAAGAGGCCCACAAUGGAUUGGGGCAAAGGAUGGAUACACUCAGCCAAGAGACACUAGACGCUCAACUUAAGGUAGCUGUGCUGUGUGAUCACCUUGCAUAUUCAUGUCUAACAUGUCUAAACCAGGCAUUAUGGGCCAGCAUCCCGUUAUAUAAUCUGAGCCUCAACUUGACGAAGACCUCUAUGGUCCUCUUGUACCUACGCCUUUUCCCACUGAGAGCCUAUCAGAUCGUUCUCGUCGUCGUUUUGAUAUCUGUCAUUAUCAGCGGACUAUGGAUGGUUUUCGGCUCCUUCUUCAUGUGUAUUCCUGUCCGCAGUGCUUGGGAUCCGUCCAUUCCGCACAAGUGUAUUCCUCGGAAAGUUCUCUGGGGCCUUAAUGCUGCCCUUCAAAUCACCUCCGAUAUCAUCAUAGUCACCUUACCCAUGCCACUCCUAGCCAAGCUCCAGCUACCCAGAAGGCAGAAGAUUGCCCUGAUCCUGGUCUUUGCCUUGGGCACAUUCGGUUGUGCCGUAAGCAUAGUCCGUCUAACAGCAUUGGUCCGGAUGAUCGAGAGCACUGAUCGAACAAAGUACAACGCCGCCGCCGCAAACUGGUCCUUCAUCGAAAGCAGCAUCGCUAUCAUCUGCGCAUGUCUCCCUCCCCUUCGCCCCAUCAUAGUCCACAUCUGCCCCCGCCAUUUCCACUCCCAGGACCGUAGUCAAUACGACAAGCCCCGCCUAUCCGCCUAUAACACCACAAACCCCUUCUGUUUCGGCAGUCACAGCUACUCAGCCAGCGUAACCGGCAACUGCUCCACUAACAAUGACGGAAGAAAAUCGGGCAACCAUUGUCAUCCCGAUGCGGAGGGAAUUCAAGUCGUGAGCGAGGUCCAUUGGGAUUUGAAUCCGGUUGAUAGUGCGGAGGGCACUCACUCCCAGCGCGGAUUACAACCUUCAGAUCGGAAAUCCUCCGUGGGCAAUGUAUGACGGGGCGUGUAGCGUGUACUUUAGAUAGAUCGUUCGGGUCAUUGCGAAUACAGAUAAGGUAUAGAGUUAAGAGUUACAUAGAUACCCUUUUCCAAAGCUUUAUGAUCUCGAUAGAUUAAAG